AAUACAACAUAAUCAAAACAAUUCCGGCCUGCUUUGUCGUAGUCGACGACCGGAAGGAGCUCCUUCACCAAUAGCAUCGGACACAUCAGAUUCAGACAUUUCAUUGGGCACCCACUCACCUGUUCCUAGUAGUAUUCAACUACAGCACAGUCCGGGUUCUACAUCGAAUGGCGCUAACGAUCGUGAAGAGAGUCUCAGCAUUGAUGGUGAUAAACCACGCGACUUGGCCACCUCUUUAUCAGCUAGCAAUUUGGUAGCAGCAUCCAGUUAUGCUACAACCGCACCGCUAUCCACCUGCUUGCCAGCCUUCAAAUUGGACACAGCCACCAGUCUCUUCAAUGCCGGUUGUUAUUUGCAAAGUUUUAGCAACCUCAAGGAAAUGUCCCAACAAUUCCCGAUACAACCCAUCGUCAUCAGACCACAACCACAUUUACCGGCACAGGCGCAUGGCUUAAAUGGCAGCCAUCUGCAUGCCGCCGUUAACUAUCCGCCACCACCUGCAUACGCGGUGGACUGCACACCACCGAAAAUACGCGUCAAUUCUCCAGAAAAGCUCAACUCCACGGCCAACAGUAUAGCGGCGACCCUGAGUACGGUGGCCGCCUUACAGGACACUUCGGUGUAUCAGCAUCAUCACCAUAGCGCUCAGAUGUUGCAUCGACCAUUCUCAACGUCGCCAGAAAUACCACACAAUAAUCACAACGCUGCACCAUCAGAGAUCACAUGAUACACCAACCGUAGACACCUAAACAAGUACUAAAACUCGACACCAGUAAAAGUAGUAGAUAUGCGCAUUUGGAUCCGCGUCUAAACUAUGUGUUUAGUGUUGAAGAAAUUCGGGAUGUUCGAAAAUCGCUUCCUACUCCUAUUUCCAACCUUCAUCACGUUGCACAUUAGGUCAAAAGAUUACUUUUUCUGUGCGAAAUUAAUAGCGGCUAAAAUAUUGCAUUAUUUUAAUGUA